AUGUUAUAUAGUAGAAUUAUAGCAAAUGUUAAAUCAAAUACAUGGUUUGAUCAUUUACCCACGGAAAUUAUAUUUCUUAUAUUUGAUUAUUUAUCCAAUAAUGAGAUUAUUCAUACAUUCUUCUUCUUCAGUCAACGAUUAAAUAAUUUAUUAUUACAAAAUCAAUAUUAUUCUCGUUAUUUAGAAUUACCAACAACAUAUUUGACAAUAUGGAAAAAUAUUCUCUCAGUUAUUAGUUCACAAGUCGAAUAUUUAAAUAUUACUACAAUAUAUUUAACAUUACCAUUAUCAAUUUUUUCUAAUUUAAAAUCAAUAAUUAUUUCUUCAUCAUACGGUUUCCAGAAGAAUAAUUACAAUUAA